AUGGCCGGGAGACCCCAUGGUCAGGCGUCUCCGUCUGCCAACUCCGACCUUCUUCUUGACUUGGACGAUCAGCCAAUCUACAAUUCUGGCAAGCCCCCGCCUACCGAUGACGACCAUCUGCUCCUCCACCACAACAUAGACGCUUCCGAUGCCCCCCGUGCCUCAACCAGCUACGAUGACUUUGUGGGUUCCUCUUCGACAGCUGGUCUGCCUGGAGGUCCUGGCGCCCAGACUACCGCUGGCUUGCACGUUCCCAUGCACGGCACUAUGGGAAGACAAUACUCGCAGACUAGUGAUUUGAACAACUAUCAACCGUAUUCAGACCUCGACGACAUGCAUGACGAUAGAGACUACUAUGCAGCAGGAGGUGGUGUCGACGAAGACAAUAUGCCAGGCUUGCAUGAGUCGCGCUUCACCAGCCAUGGACGCAAUAGAAACAGCAUAAUGGGUAUCGGAGGAAGCAUUGUAGACCGCGCCAAGAACAUGUUCGGCGCCAACACUGGCGGCUAUUCAGAAAUGGACCUGCCCUUGACCGAAGCUGGUGCUCGAUCAUCUCACAUUGCCUCUGGCGGUGUUGACGCUCUACCAUCUGCCCCUCCGCCUGCUAAGCGCACACCGGGAGCAAAAUUCAAGUUUGGCCUUGGUCGUUCGGGUCCGGAUCCUAAUGCUGCUGGUCCUCGCAUAAUCCAUCUCAACAACCCUCCUGCAAACGCUGCCAACAAGUACGUUGACAACCAUGUCUCGACCUCCAAGUACAACUUUGCUACUUUCCUACCAAAGUUCUUGUUCGAGCAGUUCUCCAAAUAUGCCAACUUGUUCUUCUUGUUCACGGCAAUCUUGCAACAAAUCCCCGGUGUGUCUCCCACAAGUAGGUACACCACCAUUGUGCCGCUGGGAAUUGUCCUCUUGGUUUCGGCCGGUAAAGAGAUGGUUGAAGACUCGCGCAGAAAGUCUCAAGACAAACAGCUCAAUACUUCAAAAGCCCGUGUUUUGCGAGGCUCGACUUUCGAGGACAGCAACUGGAUCAACAUAGCAGUUGGAGAUGUCGUUCGUGUAGAAUCUGAGGAACCCUUCCCGGCAGAUCUUGUCCUACUAGCCAGUUCAGAGCCUGAAGGCUUAUGCUACAUCGAAACAGCCAACCUCGACGGCGAGACGAAUCUGAAGAUCAAACAAGCUAUUCCAGAGACUGCCAACCUUGUUAGUUCUGCUGACAUCAGCAGACUCGGUGGUAAAAUCCGAUCCGAGACUCCCAAUAGUAGUCUUUACACAUACGAGGCAACCAUGACGAUGCAAUCUGGUGGUGGUGAGAAGGAGCUUCCUUUGAACCCCGAGCAACUCCUCUUGCGCGGUGCUACUCUAAGAAACACGCCGUGGGUCCAUGGAAUCGUCGUCUUCACCGGUCAUGAAACAAAACUCAUGCGUAAUGCCACUGCUACACCAAUCAAGAAGACCGCUGUUGAACGCUUGGUGAAUCUUCAGAUUCUCAUGCUUGGUGGUAUCCUUGUCACUCUCAGUGUUAUCAGUUCUAUUGGUGAUCUCGCGAAGCGUGCCACUUCAGGUCAAAAGUUGUGGUAUUUAAGCUACCCGACUCACAUCAACGGCGGAAAGCAGUUCUUCAGUGACUUCUUCACCAAUUGGGUUCUUUACUCAAAUUUGGUACCAAUCUCGCUCUUCGUCACCAUUGAAAUCAUCAAGUACUGGCAAGCAAUCCUCAUUAGCUCGGAUCUCGAUAUCUACUACGAUAAGACGGACACACCUGCUAACUGCAGGACAUCCUCCUUAGUCGAAGAAUUGGGCCAGGUCGAAUACAUUUUCUCCGACAAGACAGGAACUCUCACGUGCAACAUGAUGGAAUUCAGACAAAGUUCCAUCGCUGGCAUUCAAUACGCCGACGAAGUUCCCGAAGAUAGACGAGCAACUGGAGAGGAUGGAGAUAUGGGUAUAUUCGACUUUACUCGCCUGGAGCACAACCGAAGAAACCACCCAUCCCGUGAAAUAAUCAACCAGUUCUUGACUUUGCUGUCCACUUGUCAUACCGUCAUUCCUGAGACAGGCGCUGAGAAGGGAGGUAAAAUCAAGUAUCAAGCAGCCUCGCCCGACGAAGGCGCUCUGGUCGAAGGUGCUGUUACGCUCGGGUACAAGUUCAUCGCACGUAAACCACGCUCGGUCAUGAUUGAGGUCUCUGGCGAGCAAUUCGAGUAUGAACUCUUGGCAGUUUGCGAGUUCAACUCCACCAGAAAGCGCAUGUCGACUCUCUUCAGAUGCCCCGAUGGCAAGAUCAGAUGCUACUGCAAAGGUGCCGAUACCGUCAUUUUAGAACGCCUAGGUGGUGACAACCCAUUCGUUGAGGCCACACUACAACAUCUUGAGGAGUAUGCUGCAGAAGGACUGAGAACUCUGUGUCUCGCUAUGCGCGAGGUCCCAGAAGAGGAGUUCAGAGAGUGGCAGCGAGUUUUCAGCGAAGCUGCGACCACAGUUGGAGGUAACCGAGCCGAAGAAAUGGACAAGGCAGCCGAACUCAUUGAACACGACUUCACUCUGCUCGGCGCUACAGCCAUCGAAGACAAACUGCAGGACGGCGUCCCAGACACUAUUCACACCUUACAAACAGCCGGCAUCAAGAUCUGGGUCCUGACUGGAGACAGGCAAGAAACUGCGAUCAACAUCGGCAUGAGUUGCAAACUGAUUAGUGAGGAUAUGACUCUUCUUAUUGUCAACGAAGAAACUGCAGCCGCUACGAGAGACAAUCUUCAAAAGAAGCUGAGUGCUGUGCAAAGUCAGUUCCAAACCGGUGCUACCAUCGAGACUCUAGCACUUGUCAUCGAUGGCAAAUCUCUUACGUUUGCACUUGAAAAGGACCUGGAGAAGAUGUUCCUGGACUUGGCUGUUGUUUGCAAGGCUGUAAUCUGCUGUCGUGUCUCGCCCCUGCAGAAAGCCCUUGUCGUCAAGCUUGUCAAGCGCCACAAGAAAGCGAUUCUCCUGGCUAUUGGUGAUGGUGCCAAUGAUGUCUCGAUGAUUCAAGCUGCACAUAUCGGUAUCGGUAUCUCUGGUGUCGAGGGCCUUCAAGCAGCACGUUCGGCCGACGUCUCCAUCGCGCAAUUCCGCUACCUUCGCAAGCUAUUGCUUGUCCACGGAGCCUGGUCGUAUCAACGAAUAUCCAAGAUGAUCUUGUACUUCUACUACAAAAACACGGCACUUUUCAUGACCCAGUUCUGGUACUCCUUCCAGAACGGUUUCUCUGGAGAAGUCAUCUUCGAGUCCUGGACGAUGAGUUUCUACAACGUUCUCUUCACGGUCAUGCCGCCCUUUGUUCUUGGUAUCUUCGAUCAGUAUGUCUCAGCUCGUUUGCUUGACCGAUACCCUCAACUCUACCAACUCAGUCAGAAGGGUGUGUUCUUCAGAAUGCAUUCUUUCUUCAGCUGGGUAGCAAACGGUUUCUACCACUCUCUCAUCCUUUACUUUGUGUCUGAACUCAUCUUCCUCUAUGAUCUGCCACAAAGUGAUGGCAAGAUCGCUGGGCACUGGGUAUGGGGAACCACUCUCUACACAGCCGGUCUCAUCACCACUCUUGGCAAAGCAGCACUCAUUACCAACCUCUGGACCAAAUACACUGUGAUUGCCAUUCCUGGCAGUCUUGCAGUCUGGUUCAUCUUCCUGCCCAUCUAUGCGACUGUCGCACCUAAGCUUGGAUUCAGCAUGGAAUAUGCUGGCGUUGUCCCAAGACUCUUCCCCAGUGUUACCUUCUGGCUAACAAUCAUUGUACUUCCAGUCCUUUGUCUUCUCAGAGACUAUGCCUGGAAGUAUGCCAAGCGCAUGUAUUACCCUCAAGCCUACCACCACGUCCAGGAGAUCCAGAAGUAUAACAUUCAGGACUACCGACCAAGGAUGGAGCAAUUCCAGAAAGCAAUUCGUAAAGUUCGUCAAGUACAGCGUAUGCGCAAACAACGUGGUUAUGCCUUUUCGCAGACCGACGAAUCACAAGCCAGAGUGUUGCAGGCUUACGACACAACGAGAGAAAGAGGAAGAUAUGGUGAGAUGGCCAGUAGCAGGAACUAA